GGCGAAGGGGGAGGGUCUCGAGGCCGAGUCCAGCUCCUCCGAGGGAGGGACCCCAGCUGGGGUGGAAAACCUGCACGGGGGAGCCGCAGAGACGCGCCGCGCUGAUCAUGGAGUGGGCCGGCCCCGGCUCCGCGCGGCCGCAGCAGCAGUGGGACCAGGAAUCGGUCGAAGCGUGGCUGGACGAUCACUGGGACUUUACCUUCUCUUACUUUGUUAGGAAAGGCACCAGAGAAAUGGUCAAUGCAUGGUUUGCUGAGAGAGUUCACACCAUCCCUGUGUGCAAGGAAGGCGUCAGAGGCCACACGGAAGCUUGCUCUUGCCCCUCGCAGCAGAGUCCCCGUGCAGAGAGCAGCGUCCCUGGAACACCAACCAGGAAAAUCUCCGCCUCCGAAUUUGAUCGGCCUCUUAGACCCAUCAUCGUCAAGGAUUCUGAGGGAACUGUGAGCUUCCUCUCUGACUCAGAAAAGAAGGAACAGAUGCCUCUAACCCCCCCAAGGUUUGAUAAUGAUGAAGGGGACCAGUGCUCAAGACUCUUGGAAUUAGUGAAAGAUAUUUCUAGUCACUUGGAUGUCACAGCCUUAUGUCACAAAAUUUUCUUGCACAUCCAUGGACUCAUCUCCGCUGACCGCUAUUCCCUGUUCCUUGUCUGUGAGGACAGCUCCAACGACAAGUUUCUUAUCAGCCGCCUCUUUGAUGUUGCAGAAGGUUCAACACUGGAAGAAGCUUCAAAUAACUGUAUCCGCUUAGAGUGGAACAAAGGCAUCGUGGGACAUGUGGCUGCUCUUGGUGAGCCCUUGAACAUCAAAGAUGCAUAUGAGGAUCCUCGGUUCAAUGCAGAAGUUGACCAAAUUACAGGCUACAAGACACAAAGUAUUCUUUGUAUGCCAAUUAAGAAUCAUAGGGAAGAGAAUGGUUAUACAAGUGUUCAGUUCAGAAAUUGGUGGUAGUCAUCUCAAAUAUUGAAAGUGGGGAGGUCCUUGAAAGAUGGCAGUUUGAUAUUGAGUGUGACAAGACUGCAAAAGAUGACAGUGCACCCAGAGAAAAGUCUCAGAAAGCUAUCCAAGAUGAAAUCCGUUCAGUGAUCAGACAGAUCACAGCUACAGUGACAUUUCUGCCACUGUUGGAAGUUUCUUGAGAAGCCCUUCCGUUGAGGUGGACACCCACAGCCAAAAUACUACAUCCUCUGAGGGAGCCAAUCAUACCCUGCUGAUCCACAGCCCCGUAGAACUCAAAAGAGGCUGGAGGAGGCAGAAGCAGCACCUCUUCUUAUACAGCGAUGUGUUGCUUAUAUCUAAUA